CAAUAGAAACAUCAACUUUUAAAUGUAAGCAGAUAGAAAUCAGUUUAAUGAUUGAUUAACACAAUAUUGCGAAAACUAAUAUUUUUGUGAAUAUAACUAUGUGUAAAAACCAGUAACAUUCAAUGUAAAUAUUCUAUAUUGCGAGCCAAAUUUAACUAGUAGGAGGUCUCGCACAUCAAGCGAAAAAUACCCAUUGGAUUCAUAUUGUAGUCUAUAUCACAUUUUAAGUUUGGACUCUCAUUUGUAAAAUGUCCAGCAGAGUAAAGCUCUUGUUGAUACUGGGUCUAAUUUUGGCACCACUUACGCAGGUCACUACUUACCACGGAGCAAGUUUUGUAAUGGUCAUCGAAAUGAAUGACAUUAGAUUUGACCUGUGGAUAAUAAGUUCACUGUCUGCAAGAAGUCGUCUUGACUGCAGCAAAACCUGUGAGAUCCAUGGUACCUGUCUGUCCGUUCAGUUCUCCCCAUUGACCGGUCAAUGUCGACUAUAUAAUACCAUUUUUCUACAUCAGGAUGCUGGAGUGUACGACAUCGGAUGGCAGUAUUAUAUCGCAACAAAACGGCGCUGUAGAGACCCGUUUAUAGAUGGUAGAGACUUAAAUAUAUGUUUUAUGUUUGCUGGAUUUCAUGAUAUGACAGAAGCUAAGGCGAAAUGCACAGCAAUCCAGUCAAGUAUCAUCUCUAUCACAUCAGAACAGGAGAAUCAUUUUCUGAAGAGAUUAGCAGGGUCGUUAUCAUCGGUCAGUAUGCCGAAUGACAGUUACAUACGGCCAUUUAUUCAGGGUUUCUGGAAUGGAAAUGACUGGAUCUUGGACGAUGGGACUCCAUUGGUCUACACAAAAUGGGCAAAUGGCCAACCGCAGAUCACCAGACAAUACAUAAAAUUAUCAAAAGAGGGAUGGAAAACAACAUACUUCUCAUCCAUUAGACCCGUUUUUUGUAGUUAUAAACCGUAGAUACAUGUUUAUAUGAAACAGAAUGUAAAUACUUCUUUAACUCACUUUGCUUUUAGCAAAAAAUGUUAAAAACUGUUGUCAAAAGAAAUAGAUAUGAAGUUUUACAUUUAGUUUUGCACAAAUAUGAAUUGCUUGCUAUUACCAUUACUAUAAAACCAUAAAAGAU